AGUAGAAGUUCGAAAUUGUUGCCGGGAAUUUUGUGCGUUGAUAUUACCACGCUGCCGUCCCGCAGCUCGUCAAGCGGAAGAUGCACUUCUCGAACAAAGAACAACGACUUCCGCUGCGGCAGUAGUUUCGUCGGCCGCAGCUCCCCCGCGGCUAGCCCGUGAGCAACCUAGCGUGUCAACUGGGGUUCGGGGCCAAUCCGGCGGAAGGCGAAGGGCAAGGGGAAGCCGGGAACGAGCGUCGGAAACGUCUCCUGUUCGACGCGACAGAAGCAGUUCGGCAACUACAUCUUCGCAUGUUGACUAUGCUCAUAUUAAACGGUCUGCAUCCCCAGCCCCAGCAUCCCGGGCACCAAAGCUGCAAACCAAGCUAAUGGAGGUGGAGCAACUCGCUGCUGACCUCGAGCGACGCACGCAGCAACUCGCGACCGAAACGGGCGUCUCGGAGGCAGAUAUGGUUGCGAAGAUCAUCCCGUCCGGACUAACGUACGAGGAAGAUGAGCUCAAGGUACUGCAAGAGGUUGAAGAAGAAGCGAGAAGGACUCCUGAAGAUGCUACUGAACAGGAUCAGAAACUCCCGGACUGGUUUUUCCAAGAUCCACGUUUUGACGCAAUGAAACAGGCGUGCACGAUAAACAGCAAGAAGGACUUCAAGAUCGCUGAUUUGUUGGGCGACUCUGAGUCUGAUGUCGUCUUCUCGCAGACUGCAGAAAAAGUACAUCGUCGUUCUGAGAAAGACUGGACCGCGAACGAGGAUGAUACGAUGAUGAGCCUCCCCUUAUUCAAAAAACUGUGGCCGGUGGUACUGAAAGCUUUGCGCAACGCCGCCCAGUUUUUAAGCGAAAACAAAACGCGCUGGGGAUGGGAAAGUGCUCGCUACAAUGCGGCUGAUCGGACGGAAGAAGAAGGUUUUGAGCCACGUAUGGAGUUCUCGCUGCGACUACUAAAGAAUAUAAAUUCCGAGAUCGAAUGGCAUAUCGACGGCCCUAGCGAUUUUGUGUCGGCCAGGAUUUCUAUUCCAUUGUUCGGCGCACCUACGAAAGCUGUGAUGAGCAGCAUAGCCCCGGCAUGUAGAAAUCAUGAUUACAUCAAAGAGCGCGAGAAACUUUGGGCGGACCGUAUCAUAGCUCCUGAAUCACCUCUCGAGGCCCUGGUAUUUCACGCGGUCCGGAUAAUAUGCAAGUGGACAAUACCUUGACCGCUGUUCUUGUUUUCCUUUUCUCUGAUAUUUUGCCAAAUCCUAUCUGUCAGUGUUUGCGGACCGACAAGUAGCUUAUAAUGGCUCAAACAGUUGUAAGAGAGUCAGUCUGAGCUGCUGUGCGAGGAGUCGUUCUUUUUGUGGUAGAGCCUGCAGAAGUUUUGAAACUGGAGUGUCUGCUGCUGUAUAUGCCUUGCGAAUCAGGGGGACGGCCAGCAGUUGUCCACUUGCAUAUAAGGGCGAGAGUAGAAACGGGAGCGGCACUUGGCACCGGGGGCCGACGAUGGAGG